AUAUUAACAUUUUAUUUUGUAAAUUUUUAUGACCUUUUUUUGAAAACGUACUGUACAAUGUUAAUAAUAAAUGUCAAAUCAAAUGGUAAAAUGUCCUUUUAUAUGCUCUUGCCUGCUGAAAUAUUUUCUUUUCAGAGGUUCCACAAAGAGCCUUUUUAAUAUCCAUGGAACAUUUCCAUUGCACAAAAGGUUCUUUAGUGGAAAAAGGGUCUUUAAAUUAAUAGCCUAUAAUGUUCUAAACACUAAGAAAGAAAAAAUGUUCUUUUAAGAACUGAAAUGUUCCCAACUUUUUUUCCAGGAGACCCCUAUUUUUAACAUUCAAAAUCCUUAAUGAUUAUAUGUAUUUUAUCAGCUCCAUGAAUAAUUCUGAAUACAUUAUUAUCCGAAUUUAGAUUUUUAGAAUGAACAUUAGCUUAUUUUUCCAUCAACCGCUAAAAAAAUAAAUACGCAAACAGCUUGAAUGAAAUGUAAAUCCACUCUCUGACAGUAGAUGGCGCUAACCUGCGCUAUAAGUUAUAAACACGAAGAUGAAAACAUAUGAAAUCAAAUCUUCUCAAUGCAUUCAGUUCCCUUCAGAGAUGCAUUCAUAUAAUUCAUUCAUACUUUAAUUUAUAUAGCCUAAAUUUGUAAAUCCACUAAAUUUGGAAACCUGCAAGAUGCUGCGCCUGCAUGAGAGACUGUUGCUAACUUUGUUUAAUGCUGGACAGUAUUUACAGAGUUUUUCAAAUCCUGGUAAUCAAAUACGGUUUUAAAUAUUUAAUAUAUAAAACAUUAAACUGUAAUACUAACCGUAGGGAAUUGUAUCGUGUGCCCGUAACCGUUACUUGUAACCCUCAAACUAGAGCUUCGCAAUCAAUUCAAUUAGUUGAUAUUAAUAUUAACAUUUACUAAUAAUUUUUUAGUGUUUGUUAACAUUAGAUAUGCACUGUGAACAUUAACAUUUUGAAUUCGCAUAAUGUAAUAUACUGCUCCUUGUUAGUUCAUCUUUGUUAAUGCAUUAAAAUGAGACCUUACCUCAUUGAAAAGUGUUACCAUUUUAGGAGAAUUUUCUAACAAGCUGUUUGUUUUAAAGUCUUACAUCGGCCUACGCAAUCAGCAAUACCUUUCUUUGUUCCAGAAAUAGAAAACAUAAUGCAAUUUCACCACAAAGGGUGAGAAAGUUGAAUACAGUCUACAGAGUCAUAACUAUGCUUUGUUUGUUUCAUUGGGCAUGUGAUGUACUUAUUCUGGAGCUUUUACAGAAAAAAAGCCCUGGGUUUGUAAUCCUCACGCCUCCUCCCCAGUCUGCCUCGAGUGGGAUAAAGCCUGCAGGUGCCAGACCAUCUAUAGAAGCUCACCACAUCUCCAGUGAGGAUGUUUCCCCUACAGUUCCUCAGCCUGUUUAAUAUUGCUGUGGCCACAGUCUUUGAAGAAAAAAAGAAGAAGCAAGUGGUCCAACAUGACACCUCCAUCUACAAAAGAGGAGAUCUGCUAGAGGUCCCUCGGACUCUCUUUACGCAUUUCGGAAUUUAUCUGGGGAACAACCGCGUGGUUCACCUCAUUCCUGAUAUCUUGCCAGUCUUGACCACAGACCAGAAGGCCAUUGAGAAAAUGGUGAAUAACAACCGGUUGAUUUUGGGUGUGAUAGCAAAAAAAGCAAGUGUCCGUGUAGACUCAGUGGAGGACUUUGCAUAUGGAUCAGAGAUUCUGGUCAACCAUAUGGACAAGGUGUGCAGUCGGCCACCUUUCGCCAAUGAGGAGGUGGCUAGACGAGCUGAGAAGCUCAUGGGCUCCGUGGCUUACAGUCUGCUGUGGUACAACUGCGAGCAUUACGUCAUGUACUGCAGAUACGGCACCAGCAUGAGCUUUCAGACCUACCAGUUCUGCAAAGCUGUGCGCAAGAUUGUGUGCAGCAAGACGAGUUCUCUUCUAAGUCUUCUGUUGUGCCUCUUCAUUAUGUUUUAUCUGCAAUCUGUGUCCAUCUUUGUAAUUUUACCUACAUUUUUCAUCCCCUCCACUAUUUGGAUGGCAUCCUGAAGCUGUGUCAAACACAAUUUGGUUAACUAUCAGGAGACAACAGGAUAUUUUUUUUUUAUCAUUGUUCAUUAUUUAGUUCAACAUAGUGCUUCAUUACCCUAAAGCACAUAUUGAGCAUUGAAAAAACAGGAAAUUUAAGACUGAUCGGGGCAAAGACCUUUUGAUUAAACCCAUGUAAACCCCUUUCCAGUACUGUCAUGUUAAUAUACAUCAGAUAAUUUAUUUUCAUACUGUUUGUUGUGACUUACAAUACUGCCUUAUCAGUAUUAAUUAAAGAACAUUUAUGUUUUUGUCUGUAAA